ACUAGAAAAAAAAAAAUAACAUCAUUCCCCACCAUCAACCACAAUACACAUUUAUUCUUACUUUCCAUACUCUCUGCUGGCCAGAUAGAGUUGUCCCGAGCCCGUUCUAACUUUCGAAUAUUACACUCCGAACACCAUGUGCCGACAAUACCUGACCCUCUACGUCUUCUGCCAGUGCGAGGAGGAUGCCGGCCACCAGGCCUGCACCGACCGCAAGAAAUCCGACUGCGCUGGCGUGGCGAUCGAGACGGUCUACAUGCAGUGUUUCUGCAAUGCGCACGCGACCAAGGGAUUCAAGACGGAGAAGAAGUCCGAGCGGAAGAAGCGCAGUUCCCUCGAGGGCUCCGGUGAGAAGAUCUCCUUCUCGCUGCGGAGGAAAUGGAACCAGCACAUGUUUGCCCUUCGGUCGCGGACAUUCUGAAUUCAUCAAUAUCAUGAGGUCUCAUGGUUGGGGCUUCGAACAAGCCAUGAACGAUAGAAGCCCACAAAGAGAGAGGGUCGAAACCGGGUUGUUGUGAAGGCAGACUUGGGCCCUUCCCUCGAAGCUUGAUUCGGAAUGAAUGCAUUGAAUGUGUCUGUCCAGGUGUCAGUGGCUGCUUGUCUUUUAUCAUUGAUCUAGGAGUUUGGAAUCGGGGAUAAAGGAGGGGUGGUGGAGU